AUGUCUGAUGGGGAGUAUGAUGAUCUGGACGCACUGUUAGAUGACGAGGAGGAGCAAGUGGAGGAGGUCCCCGUUUCUGUAGACGGAGUAUCUGCAAGUGCCACGGCGGCUCCCUUGGCGGUCGAGGAAAACGCACCUGCCGGCGAUACUGGUGGCGACGCCAAGACGAUAGAGGGUCUACGGGAGGAGUUCACGAACCUGAUGUCCGGUGGUGAUGGUCAAGAGCAGGCGACACGCGAUUUCGACACUGUCAUGGAUUCGUUGAAGGCCGCAUCUGCUGGCGGCGCUGUGCGCGGGGAAGGGUCUGUCAGCAAAGAUUCAGUGGGCACUGGGUUCCAGGAUAUAGUGGCGGACACGCUAGAUAAAUUGAAAAAGAGCGGGGAUGCUGCUCCACAAUCACAACCAAAAUCACAACCACCACAACCACCACAGGGCGAGGGGAACCCAGACGACGUGCUGUCGCAGUUGCUUAGCCAGUUGGUGGACGGGUCCGGCCCCGCGGAGCUCGGGGAGGACGGGAUGGACGGUGCAAUCUGGGGGAUCUUGAAUCAGAUGUCGUCUCGGGAGGUCUUGUACGAGCCGAUGCGGGAGAUGCAGGCUGAUUUUGUGCGGUGGUUUGAUGAGCACGGCGAGGAGCCCGAGCAUGCGGAGAAGAUAGAGACGUACAAGAAGCAGCGCGCACUUGUGGACGAGCUUGUGGCCGUGUAUGACAGCCCUGGGUACACGAACGAGCUUUGCCGUGACCGCGUGACGGAUCUUCUUGACGAAUUAGAGCAAUUGGGGGACUCCCCAGUGUCCCGCCCGCAGGGGGGUGGUAUCGGUAGCGGUGGCGGCGGUGGCCCUGAUGACGACGACAUAGCGAAACUGCUUGAGAUCGACGGCGACGACGCGAACUUGGGGGACCUGGACAAGGAACUGGCGGAUACUUGCAAGCAGCAGUGA